AUGGCUGCAAGAGUUCGUUAUCCUCCCUACCUUCACAAGCUAAACCCUAACAUAACUGCUCAGGACCCAAGGUCUCAGACAACAACCGCCAGGCUGACAACGUCAGACGUGGCGCUCCCCAUCAGCAUCCUCAGCAGCAUCCUCCACAAUCUAGUUACAGACCUCGUCAUCAUCAUCCUCGUCAUCACUACCAUUACGACGAUAAUAGACGACGACAAUAGCGACUUCACUAGCUACGACGAUAGCGAGCACACAGGAAAAGUAGUCGCUCUUGCACAGGAAAAAUGGGGGUCUGUAGUUUACACGAAACAGUCACAUUCGGCCGGGACUGGUGACUCAGGCAGCGGCGAUGGGAACGGCUUGCUUUCAAGUAAUUUCUUCCUGCGGCUUGUGCACAAAGGCGGCGAUGUUGGCGUCGACCGGUUUGAAACGAAAGGUAGCUGCGCAGUCUAUGGGAAGGACGACGAGGGUCAUGAGAGGAGGGGUGGGGGUGUGAGAACGUACGAGGGUUCGCGAGUCGCUGAAAUCGUGUGA